AUGUCAGAUUUAUUUUACCUGGCAAACCAUUGGAACUUUCUCUCGUCUCUAUUUAAAUUCUUUCAAAAUCGUUUUUGCGAUAUAAAGAUCAUCUGUCCUUUUGAUUCAUAUUCUGUUUAUUCUUAUGGUAAAGGGGACGAGAGUAAAAGUGAAGUAUAUGCAUCUAUACAUAUAGUUCUCUUUUACUCUCUUCCUCCCCCUCCCUCUCUCUCUCUCUGUCUAUCUAUCUAUCUAUCUAUCUCUUUCGAUAUCCAUAAUUUUACUCUACUCCUCUUCUUCUUAGUUUCGAUGACUCGAUUUUCUUUUUGUCUUUUUCUUCCCACCCUUAUUUCACUUUCUAUCACUCCCACAUUUUCUUUUAUACCUUUUCAAAUUCACCUUCGCCAUAUUUAUCAUAUUAUCUCAUUGCAUCUCCCCCUCCCACCGCCUCUCUCUUUCUUAUUUCUUUUUUACUUUUAUUUACUCUUACUUCAGUGCAUUCACGUGCCCUCUCUUCUGACUCGUCUCCGGCCCGUCUCUCUCUCUCUCUCUCUCUCUCUCUCUCUCUCUCUCUCUCGUCUUCUGUACAUAUGGACAUUGCCCAAAGCUGACAUGGGGUGCUUGAUACACAUUCUCUUUUCUCUCUCUCUCUCUCUCUCUCUCUCUCUCUCUCUCUCUCUCUCUCUCUCUCUCUCUAUUAUUACUUUUUUUUUCCUCGGGCUGUCUCGCGUCUCUUUAUAA